GUGAAGUAAUAAAAAUAACUGAUGUGAAAGACUUCUCAUUAUCAUUAUGGCUCAUAUUUUUAAUCUGUGUUUGUUAUUAUGUGGCUGUCUUCCCUUUCAUUGGACUUGGAAAAGUUUUCUUCAUUGAGAAAUUCAAAUUUUCUUCUCAAGCAGCAAGUGCGAUUAAUAGCAUUGUGUAUGUCAUAUCGGCCCCAAUGUCCCCUAUCUUUGGAAUUCUAGUAGAUAAAUUUGGAAGGAACAUCACAUGGGUUAUGUGUGCAGUGGUGGGAACUCUAGCCUCUCACAUUAUGUUGGCCUUUACUUUCUGGAACCCUUGGAUAGCAAUGUGUUUGCUUGGAGUUGCUUAUUCCUUGCUUGCCUGUGCCUUAUGGCCUAUGGUUGCUUUUGUUGUCCCCGAACACCAGCUGGGAACUGCCUAUGGAUU